CAGUGCUGUGCUCUGCUGUAGUGUUUCAUCAGCCCUGCAGUCUGUCGGCUCGUCGCAGCAGCACGUCCUCCUCCUCCGUCUGCGUCUGAGGAAUCAGAAUGUGUGGUAUCUGGGCCUUGUUUGGGAGCGAUGAGUGCCUGUCAGUUCAGUGCACCUGUGCGAUGAAGAUCGCUCAUCGGGGUCCUGAUGCUUUCCGCUUCGAGAACAUCAAUGGUUUCACCAACUGCUGCUUUGGGUUCCACCGUUUGGCCAUUGUGGACCAGCUGUAUGGUAUGCAACCCCUGCGGGUUAAGAAGUUCCCCUACCUCUGGCUCUGCUACAACGGCGAGAUCUAUAACCACCGCCGCCUAAAAGACCACUUUGAGUUUGAGUAUCAGACCAGGAUGGAUGGAGAGAUCUUGCUUCACCUGUAUGACCGCUUUGGUGUGGAGAAGACGGCCUCUCUGCUGGACGGAGUGUUCGCCUUUAUCCUGUUGGACACGGCCAAUAGGAAGGUUUUCCUGGGGAGGGAUACGUACGGCGUGAGGCCGAUGUUCAAACUGCUGACCGAUGAUGGUUUCCUGGCCGUCUGCUCAGAGGCCAAAGGUCUCAGUCAGAUCACCCACUCCAUGACUGAACCAGUAGAGAUCGUCCCCUUUCCUCCAGGACACUUCGAGGUUUUUGACCUGAAGCCCACUGGGAAGGUGACGUCCAUUCAGCUGGACCGUUUCCACAGCUGCACGGAGGAACCCAAACACUCUGUUUAUGACAACACUCGGAUGCUUGGCACAGGCUUUGCUCUGGAGACAGUGAAGAGCAACAUCAGGCUGCUGUUUGAGAACGCUGUGAGGAAGCGGCUGAUGGCCCACAGGAGAAUCGGGUGUCUCCUAUCAGGUGGACUCGACUCCAGCCUAGUAGCUGCCACUCUCGUCAAGCUGGCCAAGGAGAAGCAGUUACCUUACCCCAUUCAGACGUUCGCGAUCGGGACAGAAGAUAGUCCAGACAUUGCAGCUGCACGCAAGGUGGCUGCACACAUAGGCAGCGAACACCACGAAGUGAAUUUCACCCCAGAGGAAGGAAUCAACGCUCUGGAUGACGUCAUCUUCCACCUGGAGAGUUAUGACAUCACCACCGUGCGUGCAUCUGUUGGCAUGUAUCUGAUAUCUAAGUACAUCCACGACAAGACGGACAGCGUGGUGAUCUUCUCCGGUGAGGGAUCUGAUGAACUCACUCAGGGAUACAUCUACUUCCACAAGGCACCGUCUCCGAAAUGUGCCGCAGAGGAAAGUGUGCGCUUGCUGAAGGAGCUGUAUCUGUUCGACGUGCUGAGAGCUGACAGGACCACAGCUGCACACGGUCUAGAACUGAGGGUUCCUUUCCUGGACCACAGGCUUACGGCCUACUACCUCUCCCUGCCUGAGGAGAUGAGGACGCCCAAGGAUGGAGUGGAGAAGUACCUCCUGAGGGACGCGUUCAAAGAGCUGAAUCUGAUUCCGGAUGAAAUACUGUGGAGGCGUAAAGAGGCGUUCAGUGACGGUUUGACGUCCGUGAGGAAGUCCUGGUACACCAGCUUACAGGAGCACAUUGAGUCUGAGGUUAAUGACUCUCAAAUGGAGAAAGCAGCAAAGCUGUUUCCUUACAACCCCCCCACCACUAAAGAGGGCUUCUUCAUCAGACAGAUGUUUGAGAAACACUACCCCGGCCGCUCUGGGUGGACCCCGCAUUACUGGAUGCCCCGCUGGAUUAAAGCCUGCGACCCUUCAGCCAGAACCCUGUCCAUCUACAAACCGGACCAGGAACCAUGACCACACUGCCUGGGCUCCAUCAGACAGACAGACAGAUAGACAGACAGAUAGACAGAGACAGACAGACAGAUAGAUAGAUAAACAGACAGACAGACAACCAGACGGACAGACAGACAGAUAGAUAGAUAGAUAGACAGACAGACAGACAGAGACAGACAGACAGACAGAUAAACAGACAGACAGACAACCAGACGGACAGACAGAUAGACCAGGAACCAUGACCACACUGCCUGGGCUCCAUCAGACUGGGUUUAUUCUAAUACUCACCAUCAACAACACCGCAGCACAUGGCUUUCAUUCACAACCACAGACAGACAGACAGACAGACAACCAGACAGACAGACAGAUAAAUAGAUAGAUAGGUAGGUAGAUAGAUAGACAGAAAGAAAGACAGAUAGAUAGACAGACAGACAGACAGACAGAUAAACCAGAUAGACAGACAGAUAGACCAAGAACCAUUACCACACUGCCUGGGCUCCAUCAGACUGGGUUUAUUCUAAUAUUCACCAUCAACAGCACCGCAACACAUGGCUUUCAUUCACAGCCACAGACAGACAGACAGACAGACAUCUAGAUAGAUAGACAGACAGACAGACUGACAGAUAGAUAGAUUGAUUGAUUGAUCGAUUAUAUACACAGAAUUACUACGCCUGAUUACUGAGGGUGGAAAGAGUCCUGAAAGGUAAUUUUACAGUAAGACUGCUGUUACUGUAGUGACUAUUUACUUAAGUACAAGUAUUAAUAAAGAAAAUGGCUUAAUGAUAGUGAA